CCGAGCGGUCCUGGGAGAGUGAUGGAGACGCCGGGAGCGUCGCCGCGGUCUCUUUUGCUCCCAACUCCGUCCGGGCCCCCGAGGAAGCGCGCGGCGCGGGAGGCUGGAACUGCGACGAGCAAGCAGCGGGUCUUGGACGAGGAAGAGUAUAUUGAGGGCCUGCAGACCGUUAUCCAGAGGGAUUUCUUCCCUGAUGUGGAGAAGCUCCAGGCACAGAAGGAGUACCUGGAGGCCGAGGAGAAUGGAGACCUGGAACGGAUGCGCCAGAUCGCCAUCAAGUUCGGCUCAUCCCUGGGCAAGAUGUCCCGAGAGCCCCCGCCACCCUAUGUGACUCCAGCCACGUUUGAAACCCCCGAGGUGCACACAGGCUCUGGGGUGGUGGGCAGCAAGCCCAGGCCCCGGGGCCGAGGCCUGGAAGAUGGAGAGGCUGGCGAGGAGGAGGAGGAGAAGGAGCCACUGCCCAGCCUGGACGUCUUCCUGAGCCGCUACACGAGCGAGGACAACGCCUCCUUCCAGGACAUCAUGGAGGUGGCCAAGGAGAAGAGCCGGGCACGCCACGCCUGGCUCUACCAGGCUGAGGAGGAGUUCGAGAAGAGGCAGAAAGAUAACUUGGCACUCCCGUCGGCAGAGCGCCAGGCCAUCGAGAGCAGCCAGGCCGGCGUGGAGACCUGGAAGUACAAGGCCAAGAACUCGCUCAUGUACUACCCGGAGGGUGUCCCUGACGAAGAGCAGGUGUUUAAGAAGCCCCGGCAGGUGGUGUACAAGAACACGCGCUUCCUCAGGGACCCCUUCAGCCAGGCCCUGAGCCGCUCCCAGCUCCAGCAGGCGGCCGCCCUCAAUGCCCAGCACAAACAGGGCAAGGUGGGCCCCGACGGCAAGGAACUGAUACCCCAGGAGUCCCCCCGCGUGGGCGGGUUUGGAUUCGUGGCCACCCCUUCUCCUGCCCCUGGUGUGAACGAGUCCCCGCUGAUGACCUGGGGGGAGGUCGAGAACACACCCUUGAGAGUUGAAGGAUCGGAGACCCCCUACGUGGACAGGACUCCGGGACCAGCCUUCAAGAUCCUGGAGCCGGGCCGCAGGGAGCGGCUGGGGCUGAAGAUGGCCAACGAGGCCGCUGCCAAGAACCGGGCCAAGAAGCAGGAGGCCUUGCGGAGAGUGACCGAGAAUCUGGCCAGCCUCACCCCCAAAGGCCUGAGCCCGGCCAUGUCUCCAGCCCUGCAGCGCCUCGUGAGCAGGACAGCCAGCAAAUACACAGACCGGGCACUGCGGGCCAGCUACACACCAUCCCCCGCACGACCCACCCACCUCAAGACCCCCGCUGGCGGGGGGCAGACCCCCACGGGCACCCCAGCCCCCGGCUGGCCCACACGCACCCCGCUCACGCAGGACCCCGCCUCCAUCACAGACAACCUGCUGCAGCUCCCUGCACGGCGCAAAGCCUCGGACUUCUUCUAGAACUGGGCACGUGGACCCCUGAUGGAGCCCGCAGGGCACCCGGCUGCCCAGCAGAGGACUCCGGCCUUUGGGGGACCCAGGCCAGGCCACGAGCGGCU